GGCGCGGCGCCGCGGCUGGUGGAGGCAACCCCCGGCUGGGCGGAGUGUGGAGCUCGCCGCGUUCCCGGGUACCCUCGUCUGUGAUACAGCAGUGCAGCCAUGGCAGAGCCGCAGCCCGCGUCAGGCGGCCUUACCGACCAGGCUGCCCUCGGUUGUUGCUCGGACCCGGACCCCAGCACCAAGGAUUUUCUGUUGCAGCAGACCAUGCUGCGAAUUAAGGAUCCUAAGAAGUCUUUGGAUUUUUAUACUAGAGUUCUUGGAAUGACGCUACUCCAAAAAUUAGAUUUUCCCACCAUGAAAUUUUCACUCUAUUUCUUGGCUUAUGAGGAUAAAAAUGACAUCCCAAAAGAUAAAGAUGAAAAGGUAGCGUGGGUGUUCUCCAGAAAAGCUACACUUGAACUGACACACAACUGGGGCACUGAGGAGGAUGAGACCCAGAGUUACCACAGCGGCAACUCAGACCCUCGAGGGUUUGGUCACAUCGGAAUUGCAGUUCCUGAUGUACACGGUGCUUGCAAAAGAUUUGAAGAACUGGGAGUCAAAUUUGUGAAGAAGCCUGACGAUGGUAAAAUGAAAGGCCUGGCAUUUAUUCAAGAUCCUGAUGGCUAUUGGAUUGAAAUUUUGAAUCCUAACAAGAUGAUAACUAUUAUUUAGGUCUGUGAGAAUACUGCUUUGAGAUGUCUAUAAAGAUACUGUGGGAGUUAAAAAAGAGAGACAGGGAAACUGGAUAUAUUCAGAUAACAGAAGCAUCGAGGACUGAUGGUUCAUUGUCUCAAUUCAAAUUAUUCUUAAGUGCAUUUCCCUUCCUGUGUCAGCUGUGCUUUUCACCGACCUGAUCAGUCCCUCUAGUUUUAAAGUAAUGCUUUGCCUUGUGUCCUUGAAUGUGGUUGUGUAACAUUAGUUUUUUAGGUAAUAAUUAGAACAGUUCCCUUCAGAGGCCGCAUUUGCCUUCUCCCUCCUAACCUGACUUCUCUCCACAUCUGCCUUUCAAACAUCAUUUUUAAAAAAACACGUUUAACAUGUUUCCUUCUGGGGUUUCAGUCCUCAGAAAUAACGUUUCACAGUGGAAAGUGAAGAGCCCUGAACAAAAACAAAACUUGAUGUGCGCUUCAAACAGUAGAAAGCGUUUAUUUUACAAGAGAGAAGGCACUCUUGGGAGGAACUCGGAAUCAUGCCGAGGAGGAUGCUGACAGAAAGACUAAUUUCUUCUUAUGUAUAAAGUGCUUUCCAAGUUCAAGGACUAACCUCUUUAUUUCGGGGAUGGGGAGAAGGGUGGGAAUAUUUUUCCUGGGUUUGCAAACACCAGAUUAGGCUGUCAACAUGCUUUAUCUUGCUGAAUCCUCCCAGCUAUCCUGUGAGAAAGAACACAGGCUAGACACGUAAAAUAACUCUCAUUAAUGGCAGGCAAUACAAAUAGGCAUGAGUACUCAAAAUUCCACCAUUAUUUUUAGCAUUCAGAUGUACCUCAUAAAUGAGUACCUCACAGGACGUCCCCCGCUAGCCUCCUGUUGUAAAACCUUCAGUGACUUAGCCUUAUCCUCUCAGCUCUCGGCCUGAGAACCGUGGUGAGGGAGGGGGCAGUGGAGGAAGGAAGUCAGUAGCCCUCACCUGCUCUGGGGGUGCCCGGUUGUUCUUGUGUGAGUGGUGCUUGUGUUACCUGUGAAGAGCCCUACACUAAGGUCUUUCAGAUGCCGGUCGUCAUUUAGGGUAAAUUAUGACCAGUGAUAACUUAGGUAUCAGAAAUCAGCUCAGUGGUCUUCUCUGCCAUAAUUGACAUUUGAUGGAUUUAAAAAAAAAAAAACUGAUUUAAAAAAAAUCUCUUAAGGCCCAGGAAAUAAGAGCAUCCAAUUUGUUUAACUACAUUUAGGUUUUCUAUAGACUGUGGUGGAAGAUCUUUGGGUAGGCCAUGCCAACUGUGCUUACACUGCUAGAAGCACUUGACAUUUCCUUUCUGGAUGGAAUGGAUUUAUGUGAGCAACUCAAACAAAUGGCCAUACUUAUAGACUGAAAUAAAAUAAGCAUUUAAAUAAGA